GGAAGGGUAGUUUUCAACAAUUUAAAUUUCGAAAGGCCCGAUAGACCGGUACCUUCUAAAGCUAAGGUUAACUUUACGAGGAAGUUGUUUAUCUGGUAAGUGCGCAUUGUGUAUAAAUAAGGGCACUGUAUCUACAGACAGAAUAUUUGGUCAUAAUGUUUGUAGUCGUCGUGUUGAUAGUGACAUGGUGUGCAGUGAUGUUCGUGUGGUCUUGGGUGAGACCCAGGAGCCCUUCUCCUCCUACAUACCCUGGCUCUUUACCGCUAAUAGGAAACGUCCACCAGAUGAUUGGAGAUGCCGUUCAUUGGUUGACGUUCGAAAAAAAGUUAUUUCACUUCUGCCUAAAGAAUGGCGGAAUAGUAAAACUACUAUUUGGGCCACAUCAAGCAUUUGUUAUGACAGAACCCGAUGAAUGCCUAACCAUUGCCAACACCUGUAUGGAUAAACCUUACUUUUAUUCAUUUGCAAAGGAUUGUUAUGGUAGAGGGCUCGUAACAGCUAAUGAAUCAACAUGGAAACCACAUCGGAAACUCUUAAACCCAGCAUUUAAUCUGCAAGUGCUGAAUACAUUUAUUGCUGAAUUUAAUGUGCAAGCCAAGGAUUUAGUCUCCUUGUUGGAACCUAAAGUAGGAAAGGAGCCAUUUGACGUGCAGCCGUAUUUGGUCAAUAUGUCUUUGAAGACUGUGUGUCGGACGUCGCUUGGAUUUAGAGAAAAAGAUCAAAGAAUGAUUGAUACAGACUACGCUCAUGCGACUGAAGCUUUAUUCCUUGUAUUUGGGGAGAGGAUCCCGAAACUAUGGCUGCAUUUACCACAACUAUAUAACUUAAGUUCAUUGAAGAAAAAGGAAGACAACUUCGGGGAUGUUUUUUUUCAGGUUAUAAAGAAUCGAAGAUCUGAAUUAAAGUUGAAAAAUAAUAAUGAAAAGAGCAUUGACACUAAAUCAGACAAAUUCAAGCCACUCUUGGAUCAAAUGCUCGAGCUGGCUGAGAAUCAAGACGCUUUCUCAGAUGAAGAGAUAAGGGAACAUCUAGACACAAUUGUAGCAGCAGCUUAUGAUACAACAGCAACUUCAGUGACAUAUACAUUGGUAUUAAUCGGAUCAGAUGCGCAGUUACAAGAACGAAUUUGGAAAGAGUUGAAAUCAGUAUUAGGUGAUGAAGACAGGGAUGUAACUAAAAAUGAUUUACCAAAAUUAGUAUACCUAGAGGCUGUUUUAAAGGAGAGUUUAAGGCUCUACCCUCCAGUGCCCUUUGUAGCAAGAGAUGUGACAUCGGAUAUUCAGAUAAGAAACUACAAGAUACCAGCUGGCUCUUCUUGCUUUUUGGCUUUGUACGGGAUCAACCGGCAUCCUAUGUGGGGAGCAGACGCGGAAGAAUUUAGACCUGAACGAUGGUUGGAUCCGGACAGUUUGCCUAUCAACCCCAACGCUUUCGCCUCUUUCAGUAUUGGGAAGCGAGUCUGUUUAGGUCGCUCAUACGGCAUGAUGGCAAUGAAAACAACUUUAGCACAUAUACUGCGUCGGUAUCGUGUCUUCGGGGAUAUCAACAAAGUGGUAUCACGAUCUGAUAUCCUGAUGAAACCAGUAACUGGACAACAUAUCAAAUUGGAAUUAAGAACACGAGUUUAGUUUUAAAAUAAAGAUUCCUAUUAGA